ACGGUAAGAGAGGAACAUUUAAAUGGUACGUCUUAAGUUUAGGUUUAGGGGGUCAGAUUUUUUUUUUUUUAAAUGCAUUUUUUUUUUAUUAUGUAUCAAUUUUGUGCCCUCUGGAUUGUCAGGUGUUUUUGGGCUUCAUGUUGGACUUUUGUUCUCUACAGAAAACAUUUGAUAUUUUAUAUUUAUAUUUUAUUUUCUUUAGAUGUUUCUGUGGAAAUUGGUUAAGAUAAUCCACACUUGAAGAAGGGGAGAGUGAAAAAGGGGGUAACAGCUUCCAAAGCUGAAUUACAAAACAUUAUUAAAUAAUACAUAGAAAAUGAGAAUCUGGUAGACCAUCAAAACUGUUACCAUUAGAGAAACAGUUGAAAUAUUUCCUCUUUGAGAAAAUCAAGCUCCACUCUUGCCUUAGAUCUGAAAACAUUCACAAGUGUUUCUCUCCAUCCUUCCACUGUGAGUAGACAACACUAUGGGUCUGAAAGGACGUGAGAGCUGUCAAGAAACUGUUACUGACAAAAUGCACAUAGAUAAAAAUUAAUAAAAUCAAACAAAGAAGCUGCUGGUGUUUUCAGAACAAUGGACUAACCACCCCAGAGUCCAGACCUCAGCAUCAUUAAAUGUGUUGGGAGUUACUCGGAUUGUGAGGAGCAGGAAGUGUAACCAACUUCUAAGACUGAACUUUAGAGGUGUGGAAAAAUAUCUCUGCAGAUUUCUUUGAAAAAGUGAAAGUGAGUCUCCUGAAAAGAAUGGAAGUUAUGAUAAAAACACUGAAAAAUUGAUGAGUUUAAUUGUUUAGGCUUCUGUGUAUUUUCUGUUUGUUUGUUUUUUCUUUUGACUGGAAAGUAAAUAAGUCAGUGAUGGUCUCUGACCUUUGGACAAUACUGUAUAUUACAUGGGAUUCAUUAUGGGCCAUUUCUGCCCAUCCAUUUUACAGUUCUUGGGGUUUUUUUUUAACUUUUGGAGGCAAUUCUGGCCUGGUCACUGGUUACUUUCUCACUCACCCACCACUCAGUAUAUAUUAAUAUAUAAGUCAAAGCAAAUCCCCACAAAGAGAGUUUUAUAAGACCGUCGUGUGUGUGUGUGUGUGUGUGUGUGUGUGUGUGUGUGUGUGUGUGUGUGUGUGUGAACGAACGAGAGCGAAGGAGAGCGAAGGAGAGCCGGAAAGGACGGGAGGCGUUCAGGGCUAUCAUGGGCAGCUGGUUUGUGUAUGUCUGUGUCCAUCCAUGGCGCCUAUCCCAUGAUUGUGUGGUCAGGUGACGGCAGCGCGGCUAAGACAGCUGCACUAAGCUCAGAGUGCACACUGUCUGGGCCUUGAGCUCAGCUUUAGCUGCCCAGAGUCUCUCUCUCUCACACACUCUUAUACACGCACGCACGGACACAGACAGUAACACCCACACUCAAACUGACCGAGACUAUGAUCCACUGUGUCUGUAAGGUCCAAUGGGAAUAGCUGUAAUCUGGUCUGUAAUUGCCAUUCUCGUCAGAUGGAUUUUCUCCAAGAGACGCGGCGCGAUCUCCUAUGACAGUUCUGAUCAAACUGCUCUUUACAUUCGUAUGCUAGGGGCUUGUGUAAUAUUCAAACAGCUGUUUUCAAGAGAUGUGAGAGUGAGGAGCCAGGUAGGCUUUGAACCUGAACGAAGAGGCUCGCACCCGUACCUGGGUGUUGAUUUCCGGACCUUGCACUCCCGUGCUGAGUCGGCGGGAUCGAUUCCAGCCCGGAGGAUCCGCAGGCUUUUCAGUUUCCAGCGGCACCUGCUGUCCUCGCGCUUUCUCCGGGGAGCACCACACCUCAACCCCCUCCACAUCCUGGAUGAGGACUACUGCGGCCAAGCCAAGUGUAUGUUGGAAAAGGUUGGAAGCUGGAAUUUUGACAUUUUCCUCUUCGACAGGCUGACGAAUGGAAACAGUCUUGUCACCUUGACGUUAUAUCUGCUGAGUCAUUAUGGCUUAAUUGAGCUCUUCCAGUUAGACAUGGUUAAAGUGCAUCGCUUUUUAGUUCUGGUUCAAGAGGACUACCACAAUCAUAAUCCUUACCAUAAUGCAGUCCACGCUGCAGACGUGACCCAGGCGAUGCACUGUUAUCUGAAAGAGCCCAAGCUUGCCAAGUCCCUUACUUCCUGUGAUAUACUCUUGGGCCUUCUGGCAGCGGCCACUCAUGAUCUGGACCAUCCAGGGGUCAAUCAACCUUUCCUCAUCAAAACCAACCAUUACCUAGCCGCUUUGUACAGGAAUACCUCAGUUCUGGAGAACCACCACUGGAGGUCUGCAGUGGGUUUGCUCCGAGAAACCGAGCUCUUCUCUCAUCUUCCUGCAGAAGACAGUUUGAACAUGGAGAGGCAGCUGGGCUCUCUGAUUUUAGCCACAGAUAUCAGCAGGCAGAAUGAAUACCUGUCCAAGUUCAGGACACACCUGGACCAGGAGGACCUGUGCCUGGGGAACGCCUCGCAUCGCCACUUCAUCUUACAGAUGGCCCUGAAGUGUGCUGAUAUUUGUAACCCAUGUAGGCCGUGGGAGCUCAGCAAACAGUGGAGUGAAAAGGUGACGGAGGAGUUCUUCCGCCAAGGAGACAUUGAGAAGAAGCACAAACUUGAAGUCAGCCCACUGUGUGACAGCGAGACUAACUCCAUAGCCGAUGUUCAGAUUGGUUUCAUGACCUACGUGGUGGAGCCUCUGUUUGCCGAGUGGGCUCGUUUCUCAGACACGCGGCUCUCUCAGACCAUGCUGGGCCACCUGUGCCUGAACAAAGCCAGCUGGAACGCCAUGCAGCCCGAAGCUUCGGGCAGCUCUGAGGAGCUGGAGAGCGAGCAGGAGGCCAGCUCCAGAGCCUUACCUCAGGGAAGCCCGCAAUCCUGACACCCCCUCACUCACCCGCCGCGGGGACAGGACCACUCCUACAGCCCCCGCCCAUCCCAGUACCUUAAGCCACAUAUGAGUUGCUCGCCUCCCAUCUCAAACCAACCACUGAUUUAUUUAAUUUAUUUAAUUUUAACCCCUUGUUUUCCCUUUGACAUAGAGCAAUACAUGGAUACCUCAUUCGGCUACUGCUGCGUUUUUUUUUUGUUAGUUUUUUCUUUUCUUUUUUUAGUGUCAUUGUAUUUUUAUUUAUUUAAUUUUUUUGAGGGAGCAUUAUGGAUUAGAAAACUGAACUUGGCCAUUUUGCUAGAGACUGGAAAACAUGCUAAAGAGGAAGGAUCCCCUCUUGUUGGGUUAAAAGUGCCAUUUUCAUCACAUUUGAAUUGCUCCACAAGUGAGAUGUAAACACCAAGAGUAUUCAUGAGAGUUGUGUUUUCUUUUUUUAAUGACUGCACCCAGAGACGGUGUGUGUGUGCGUUUGUGUGUGUGUGCACGUGAGUGUGUCUGUUUUUUUUUUUUGUUUCUUUUUUGCAAAUGAAUCUUCCUCCUUGUGUACACAACUGAAAAAAAAGACAAAUGUGAAGAGCCCAGUCAUUUUGCUGCCUCUAUAAAGACUGUUUACAGAUGUCUUUUUUUGUUGUCAUUGUUAUAAAUGAAUCAUGUUGGUUCUGUGAUUUUUUUGCCUUUAAGCACAGAUGUGAAGAACCACUUUUACAUGUUUUUGAACUGUUGUCCUACUGCUGAUGUACUGAACA